GUAGACAGAAAAUAGACACAGUGUUAAGGUUACUCUACAAAUCCAAAAUCCCAUUUUUCUCCCCUUCAAAGAGAGAGAGAGAGAAGGAGAAUCAAGCCUUUUGUGUUCUUCUUUUCGACUUCAAAUGGUUGAAUCCGAAUUCAACAACCCUACUCUCUUCGUCGCGAUUUCGAUGUUGUGAUCGGCGAUUCGUUUGAUGCAGUGAUUCGGAUUUUCUGGUUUGACUUGGCGGUUGUGAUUGCCCAUUGAUUCGUCUGGUGGAGAUGAACGGUGGUGGAGAGGGAACGGCAGCUUCGGCGGGUCCACCGCCACCGCUCGAGUGGAAAUUCUCUCAAGUUUUUGGCGAACGCUCGGUUGGAGAAGAGGUUCAAGAAGUUGAUAUCAUUUCAGCAAUUGAAUUUGAUAAGAGUGGUAAUCAUCUUGCUACGGGCGAUCGUGGAGGUAGAGUGGUACUAUUUGAGAGAACUGAUACAAAGGAUCAUGGUGGAAGUAGAAGGGAUCUGGAGAAGAUGGAUUCUUCUCCAGUUAGUAGACAUCCAGAGUUUCGUUACAAAACAGAGUUCCAGAGUCAUGAACCUGAGUUUGAUUAUCUCAAGAGUUUGGAGAUUGAGGAAAAAAUCAACAAAAUUAGAUGGUGCCAAACAGCUAAUGGAGCCAUUUUUCUGCUAUCAACUAAUGAUAAAACUAUUAAAUUUUGGAAGGUUCAAGAGAAGAAAAUCAAGAAAAUCUCUGAAAUGAAUAUUGAUCCUUCCACGACUGUUGGAAAUAAUAGUGUUGCCAGUUCAAGCAUCUCUUCUUCCACCAAACCAAACACUGCAAAUGGUGUUUGCUUGGAUAGGUCUUACAAUAAUCCGAGCAACGACUUCUCCAUCCCACUGGGCGGAAUUUCAUCUCUACAUUUACCAGUGGUAAAAUGUCAUGACACCAGCCUUGUGGCAAGAUGUAGAAGGGUAUAUGCACAUGCACAUGACUAUCACAUCAAUUCCAUUUCUAAUAAUAGUGAUGGAGAAACCUUUAUAUCAGCUGAUGAUCUGCGGAUAAAUCUUUGGAAUUUGGAAAUUAGCAAUCAGAGUUUCAAUAUUGUAGACGUGAAGCCUACAAACAUGGAGGAUCUAACCGAGGUGAUAACGUCGGCAGAAUUUCAUCCUACUCACUGUAACACGUUGGCAUAUAGUAGUUCAAAAGGAUCAAUUCGUCUUAUUGAUUUGCGGCAGUCAGCUCUUUGUGACACCCAUUCUAUAUUGUUUGAGGAACAUGAGGCACCUGGUUCAAGGUCUUUUUUCACUGAAAUAAUAGCAUCAAUUUCGGAUAUCAAAUUCUCAAAGGAUGGAAGAUACAUACUUAGUCGUGACUAUAUGACACUUAAGUUAUGGGACAUAAAUAAGGCAGCGGGUCCUGUGUCAACAUUCCAGGUUCAUGAAUAUUUAAGACCCAAGUUGUGUGAUCUGUACGAAAAUGAUUCAAUCUUUGAUAAAUUUGAAUGUUGCUUGAGUGGUGACGGUCUCCGAGUGGCUACAGGCUCUUACAGCAAUCUUUUCCGAGUGUUUGGUUCUAUGAAUGGUAGCACAGAAUCAACUACAUUAGAAGCUAGCAAAAAUCCCAUGAGGAGACAAAAUCAGCCUCCUCCAUCUAGGCCUUCCAGAUCGAUUAGUAGUUUAACAAGAGUUGUCAGACGAGGCGGAGAGAAUAAUCAAGGAGCUGAUGCAAACGGGAAUUCAUUUGAUUUCACUACAAAACUUCUCCACAUGGCAUGGCAUCCUACUGAAAAUGCAAUUGCAUGUGCUGCUGCAAACAGUCUAUACAUGUAUUAUGCGUGAAAGAUAGAUAGAGCAGUUCAGUUCAGUUUGAGAAGGAACUAACUGUUUUCCGGUUCAUCCUUGGGAGGAAACUCGUUACCAAAUUCUAAAGGUACCUAACCGGACAUAUACCUAAAUUCACUUUCAAAAUUGCCAGACACAAAAAUUCUUUACAUUAUCUGUUCUUCUUCCUAGCCCAGCAGAAAUGUUCGUAAUUUUUUUUUGGGUUCUCAAAAGGAAACAGUUCUUUAUGACCUAAAAUAUCUCUUUGGGGUUGGAACUUUUGUGGGGAAAAGAAGGUGUCAUUGUAGGUUAUCUAUUACUAUACAACUGAAUAUCAUUUGAUGAUGGAUGUGCAAAUAUUGCUGCUACCUAAAUAUAUAGUUGUAGAGAUCCAUCUCUCUUUAAGAAAGCUGCUUGUGACAUUUGUACUUCUGUUUAGUUUUUUAGGGUGGUGGAUAUUACAGUUGAAUUUGAAUAUUCCUCUUCUUAGGUUGGAAAUUAAAUGUACUCUAGUUUUGUUAUACAUACCCUUAUUAUUUAAGUAUUCUUUGUAAAAGCAUU